AUGAAACUAAAUAAUCAUCGAUACAACGAAAUAACGUUUCGAAAUAGCGAAAACAAAAUUAAAAUGUAUGAAACAGAAUUUCCCAGAACAUUAUAUGCACACUGGGGUGUAUAUAUAGGUGACGAAAAGAACGUGCAUUUAUCCGGAGCUGACGAUGCGGAUAGUGUUGAUGCUUUUACACCAGGUAGCAUGUUUUCUGUUGGUGGAAAGAUGUUUAACAAAGCCUUUGUAAGGAUUGACGACUUUUGGAAAGUUGCCAGUGGACGUAAAACAAGAAUAAAUAAAAGGGACCGGGAUUCCACACCUUUAAAAGCAGAGGAAAUUGUAAAGAAAGCAUACGAAAUGGUUGGCGUCAUUGGCUACAAUAUUCUAUGGAAUAACUGUGAACACUUUGCAUCCUACCUUAGAUAUGAUAAAAGAAGUUCAAAACAGGUAGACACUGCCUUGACAUACACUGCGGCGAUCGGCGGAGUUGCGGCCCUUGGGGACGGUUUCAUGGCUUAUAAAAGUCGCGAGAAGAAAAAUAAAAGUGAACAAUGA